GUCCAACCGUACGCUCGAUCCUUGUAGUCGAUGCGAGAAAAAGCAACAGCCAAGUUGAAGGAAAAAUUUAAUCAAACGUCGGCCGAGAUCUUUUGAAAAAAAAAAGUUAUUUCACUUCUUUUUCCCUUGUUUCGGCUUUCAUCUGGUGCUAGUGUGCUUUAACUCUAAUCUUCGCGUUAAAGUGUCGUUGUACCUAACGUUACAACACACCUGUGUAUGAUUGAAGGACUUUAUUUAUUAAGCAAGAAUUUCAUCGUAUCUUUCUCAUACAACUUGCCUACGUCUAAAUCGUUCUUCGCUGGUUGACUACGUGACACAGCAUACGAAGACGUGAUGCGGCAAAAAGAAAAGUUAACAAGAGACAAUAAAAUUUUAAAUUAACCAGUAGAUCAUUCAAGAACAUUUUUGAUUGAAGAAUUGAUACCAAACAGGCCUUAGCAAUGAGUACAAAGCUUUCGCAUAAACUAAGCAACAGGAAAAUCCUAGUGGAUAUUUUAGCUCUUUUAUUUGGGCUUGGAACAUGGGUUGGAGUUAAUGGAAUUUAUGUGCAACUACCACUACUGGUCAACAGUGCAAUAGAAAAAUGGAAUCUGCCAGCUUACAUGGUUUUGAUAGUGCAAUUUGCAAAUUUAGGACCUAUCCUGUACACUCUUUACGUUAAGUACUUUGCACGUACAAAAGAUCAUUACAUAAUAUAUGGUCUGCUUGCUGUCGGAUCAUUAUCACUUUUCCUUUUGGCAUUUGUAUAUAACCAAACAUCAGUAAUUUUUGGGAACAAACAUUCGUCAGCGCUACUAUUUUUGAUGUUCAUUUUAUCAUUUGUGGGUUGUACCAGUUCUGUACUUUUUACACCUUACAUGAGAAAUUAUAGAGAAAUUUAUUUGGUGUCUUACAUUAUUGGAGAAGGGUUGAGUGGAUUUAUUCCAAGUAUAAUAGCUUUGAUUCAAGGUGUUGGAGGCAAUCCACAGUGUCAUAAUGUUACCAAGCCAGGAGGGCCUCUGGAAUUUACGACUCGAUAUCCAGAUCCUAGAUUUUCACCAACCAUAUUUUUCAUUUUGUUAGGCAUCUUGUUAUUUGUAUGUUUCUUAGCAUUCAUAGGAUUAAUGAAAUUAAAAGUUGCUAGAGGAGAAAGAGUAAAAUUACCAGCUAGUACGGAAACUCUUCCAACAGAUUUGAAUGCACCUCCUAGUUAUAAAACUAAUUCUGGUUGGAAAAUGUCUAAUCAAGUUUAUGUUUACUUACUUGGUAUGAUGGCUGUCAUUUGCUUACUCAACAAUGGAAUAUUGCCAAGUAUUCAAUCCUACUCAUGUCUACCAUAUGGUAAUGUAGCUUAUCAUUUGACAGUCACUCUCUCUUCUAUGGCUGGACCACUGGCUAUGUGCUUAGGUUUUAUAGUCCAAAAUCCCAAAGUGAAUUUAUUAUCAGAACUGAUGGUAAUCGUCUUGGGACUCGGUGCCCUUGUUUUCUACAUUGCAGUGCAGUCUCCUUCACCGCCAUGGCAAUAUUCAUGGGUAGGCAUAUUCCUUGUUGUAACUGCAUGGAUAUUAGUAUUUGGGAUCAGUGGUUUUGUAAAAUUGGGAAUCAUCACUUUAUUCCGGCCAGAUCCAGGUAGAGGAUUAUAUUAUACAGGAGUUGCCACUCAGCUUGGCUCUUUGGUGGGAGCUAUUACAUCAUUUAUAUUAGUCAAUCAUACAAAAAUAUUUCAAUCAUACUCUCCUUGCGAUUCUUUAAUGGGGAAAUAAUGUUUUGUG